AUGGCUACACUGUGGCAAGCGUGCAGGGGCACGUGUACCGCAAGCGAAUACCGGUACCAGGGCACCUUGGAAUGCUGUGCAUCAUGGUACUGCGCCGCACGCGGUUAUCGAUAUCGGACGGCUAAUCUGUACGACACUGAAUGGUUCUGA